AAAGAGAGAGACGUAAACGGCGAGUCAUCAUCUCCUUAUCUAAUCACAAGCAAUCCUCUUCCCUUGUUCCCUCUCGCCCUCCUCCUUCUUCUCCUCCUCCGCUGGCCCUAAUUUCUCCUGUUCGGCUAUAGAUUUUCAGUUUUUAGAUCGAUUUUCCGGAGCUUUGGAAUCUGGAAAGCUGUGAUCUUGAUCCGGAUUCCGUUCCCAGAAGCUAAAGGUCGCGUUUUUCUUCGUUUUGGUCUACGAUUGCUAUUGGGGAUGGCGAGGUUGGUGACCUAGACCUGUGAAGCAGGGCUGUUUCCUGAGCCCGUGCCCCGAGAGAAACAGCCUGGGGUUAAUGUCCAGAUCCCACACCGAAUUGAAGGAGGAACGAAAGAUCGUGCCUUUGUUGGGAUUUUUGAAGGGUUUGGGGAUUGGGGGAUGAGGAACGAUGUGCAGAGGCCGCAAGGAGCCGCGCCCAGGGGCGGCAAGGGGAACGGGAUCUUUUCGUUGCGUAAUAUAUCCAACUACCUGAGGAUUGUGUCUUCUGGGGCUUCGACCGUCGCAUCCACCGUCCGUGCGACGGGGGCGUCGGUGGCAUCGUCAAUUGCUGGUGACGAUGAUGCUAGCCGUGACCAGGUGCACUGGGCUGGAUUUGACAAACUAGAAUGCGAAGGUGAUAUUCUUAGGCUAGUCCUUUUGUUAGGUUAUCGGUCUGGCUUUCAGGUCUGGGAUGUCGAAGAAGUUGAUGAUGUGCGGCAGCUGGUAUCCAGGCAUGAGGGUUUUGUUUCAUUUUUGCAAAUGCAAAAGAAUCCAUUACCAUCAAGGAUGGCAGAAGAUAGGUUUUCAGAUUUUCGGCCUUUGCUUGUUGUCGUUGGUGAUGGCUCUUCUACUGGAAAUAGUAAUAGUGCUGAUGGCUCAGGUCUCCAUUGUGCUGGAAGUGCCAGCAAUUUCCCGGAGCUUGGAAAUGAGAACAUAGUCCCUACAUUUGUUCGCUUUUACUCUCUAAGGACCCAUGAAUAUGUGCAUGUCCUGAAGUUCAGGUCUGCAAUUUACUCUGUAAGGUGUAGCCCUCGAGUUGUAGCAGUUUCUCUUGCUUCUCAGAUUCAGUGUUUUGAUGCUGCAACCCUGGAGAGAGAAUAUACCAUCCUUACAUUCCCUAUUGUCUCGGGAUCUGUUGGUGUUUCAAAUAUAGGUUAUGGUCCACUUGCAGUGGGCUCGAGGUGGUUGGCAUACAGCGGGAAUCCAGUUGCUGUUUCAAAUACUCUUCGUGUCACGCCACAAGACUUGAAUCCCGCUACAGGUUUACCAGCUUCUCUUCCUAAUGGAAGCCUGGUGGCACACUAUGCGAAAGAGUCAAGUAAGCAACUUGCUGCUGGCAUAGUGACCCUUGGAGAUUUAGGAUAUAAGAAACUGUCCAAGUAUUACUCUGAAAUUAUAUCUGAUAGCAAUAGUUCUGUGAAACAAGGGAAUCCAACUUCAAAAACCAAUGGUGCCAUUGCUGGGCACUUCCCUGAUGCGGAAAAUACUGGAAUGGUUAUUGUUCGAGAUAUUGUAUCAAAAAAUGUGGUGGUGCAGUUUAAAGCUCACAGGAGUCCUAUUUCAGCAUUAUGUUUUGAUCCAAGUGGAACUCUUUUAGUGACAGCCUCUAUUCAUGGUCACAACAUCAAUGUUUUCCGUAUAAUGCCGUCUCCAAAUGGCAGUUCAUUAGAAUCUGAUGUCCCUGGGACUUGCGUUCAUCUUUACAGGUUGCAACGUGGCAUGACAAAUGCGGUUAUACAAGACAUCAGUUUCAGCAAUGACAGCCAAUGGAUCAUGAUAAGCUCCUCAAGGGGGACUAGCCAUUUGUUUGCAAUAUCACCAUUUGGAGGGACAUCAAACCGCCAAUACAAUGAUUUCAAACAUGGUAACAGUGGCUAUGGGGCAGAUAUGACAUCAAAGGGAGCAGUUUCAUAUCCACUAAAAGGCUGUCAACAAAGCCUCUGUGCAUCAGGAUCCCCUGUAACACUGUCUGUUGUGAGUAGAAUAAAGAAUGGGAGCAAUGGCUGGAAAGGUGCGGUCACUGGGGCUGCAGCGGCUGCAACUGGCAAGGUUAAUCCUCUUUCUGUUGCUAUUGCUUCGACCUUCCACUAUUGCAAAAGGUCUGGCCGUUAUGCAGAUAUCCGUUCAUCUAGGGCAAAAUAUACCUUGCUCGUAUUCUCGCCUUCUGGCUCUAUCAUACAGUACGCAUUGCGUGAGUCGAAUGGGGAAGAUUCUGGCCUAGAUAUGUCUGGGAUAAACACAGUCUCUCAUGUUCCUGUGCCAGAAACUGAUGCUGGGUUUGUUGUUGAGGCACUCCAAAAGUGGGAUGUUUGCCAUAAAAGAAACAGAAGAGAUCGAGGAGAUGCUUUUGAUGUUUAUGGUGAGCAUGGGAAUGGAGAAAGCAUUAAGUUUUUUCAGAAGGGGCUUAGAAAGGGUAAUACUGUUUACCCUGCCAAUAGUGGUACAGAUACAAGGGUAAAGCCUAUUACUGAGGAAAAUCAUCACUUGUAUAUUUCUGAGGCUGAGUUGCAUAUGCAUUCAGUGUUCAUACCAUUAUGGGCGAAGUCUGAGAUAAGUUUUCAAGUUAUGAAAUAUGACAACUCAAAAACUGAUAUUGGUGGUGAUUCUGGUGGAGAAAUUGAAAUAGAGAAAAUCUCAACAUGUCCAAUUGAGACAAGGUCCAAAGAUCUUGUUCCGGUCUUCGAUUAUUACCAGGCACCUCGGUUGCCUCAAUCGAGGUCUCAUUCUAUGGAUAAUGAAAGAAAUGGGACAUUGCUUCAUCAGAAGUCAGAAUUCUCAGAAGACGGUGAGAAGCAUUCUCGCAGAAGUAGCUGCAGUUCUCUUGAAUGUGCCCCUGAAGGUGCUGCAGUAGGUGACAUGCCCAAUGUAUUCAAUGAGAACAGUUUUGGCAGUCUUCAAGCUACAACUGAAGCUAAUGAGGACUUUGUAAAUAGUAUGGACAAACCAAACAUUAAUCGUCAGCUCGAGUUUGUACAUAAUAGGGAGAGCCUGAAACCUGAGGCCCAGCUCGAGCAUGUAAAUAACAUUGAGAGCCUGAAUAUGGAAACCGACUUGGAAGAUCAUGACAACCAGCCCGACUACCUGAGGUAAAUGGACAUAAAAGGUGCUCUUGGUCCCUCAGAAAUGCAACUGCCAUUUGCCAUUCUUUUGUUUUCCCAGUAAAGUUGUUAACCAGUGUUUAUAUGCAUGUGUAUUUACAAACAUAUGACUUUGAGUGGUGAAAUGUAAAGCAAAGACUGGUAUGACUGUCAUGAGGAAAGCUGCAAUUCUGUGGGAGUUUGGGGAUUCCAUUUUCUAGCAACAAUUUGUAUAUACAAAGAUUCUUGAUUACAUUUUUAAUAAUCAACUGUGCUUUGUAAAUUAAUAUUAAAUAGCCAGCUUUCAAUA